AUGUCAACGUCCGACAUGGAUCAGGAUCGUUAUAAGCAGCAACUCUGCUCUAGAAGGACGACCCUGCUGGCGUCGUUAAGCCGUGCUAACAUGUUCAUUCAGGACUACGAAGCUGAACGGGACAUGCUCGAGGUUGCCCUGCGACUGGAGAACCUGGACGUGCUACAACAGAAUCUCGAGGAAGUGCAGACGAAAUUGGAAGACAUAGAAGAAAGCGACGAAGGCCGGGUGAGAAACUUGGGAUAUCGUUCAAAAUUUGAACCUCUCUUCUUUCGAAUUAAAGCAUUUCUCCUAUCCAAACUUCCGCCAACAACUAAUUUGACUAAUAAUCUGCCUCAACCCUCUGCCGGAUCCUCCACUCUUUCGGGACUCAAACUUCCAACCAUAUCCUUGCCGACGUUUUCCGGGGACUAUCAAGACUGGUUAGCCUUCCAUGAUACGUUUUAUGCGCUUAUUCACGUCAACCCAGAGGUUUCAAUUAUUCAGAAAUUCCAUUACCUCAAAUCUGCGCUCCAAGGGGAAGCUGGUCAACUUAUUGAAUCCAUCGGAAUAAGCGCUGUAAAUUACAACUUAGCUUGGGACUGUCUGGUAAAGCGAUAUGCAAAUGAGUACCUUCUGAAGAAGCGUCACAUACAGGCGUUAAUAGAGUGUCCAACAAUGAAAAUUGAAUCUGCAGCUACUUUACACAACGUCGUUGACAAUUUUGAUAGACACGUCAGUGUCUUAGGGCAGCUAGGCGAACCUGUAUUAGAAUGGAGCAGUAUAUUAGAACAUCUGUUAUGUAACCGUCUUCAUGGUGAAACGUUGAAAGCGUGGGAAGAUUAUGCUUCUACUCUGGAAAUCCCUACCUACGCGUCUCUUAUUGAGUUUCUCCAUCGUCGUAUGCGAGUUUUGGAAUCUAUUUCUGUAAACCAAUGCCACACCCAAACUUCUCGUCCAUUCUCCACUAACGAUCAUGAUCGCAAUCUACCAAUAAACAUGUCGUCCAAUGCUGCUCUUGAAAUGUACCAGUUCAAAUGUUACGCCUGUGAAGAACGCCAUCCAUUAAUGAAAUGUUUUACGUUCCAAAGAAAACCUAUCGCUGAAAAAAUGAAAAUCGUCAAUGACAAGCGCUUGUGCCUAAACUGUUUCCGAUCAGACCACUUGGCUAGGAAUUGUAACUCGAAAUUUAGCUGUCGGAUUUGUGGGAGUCGUCACCAUACCUUCAUUCACGAAGCAUUCCCCAACAACCCAACCCAUAUCAGUUAUAUUUCCCGGAAUAAUUCUAACCAUCAAAGUAAUGCUGCUGUACAUGUUUCACAAACUUCUGCUCAAAGUAUCACCAGCCAGAUUCCCACCGAUAGCACACAUACAACUGAUACAGCCCCUUCCUCCAUCCAAUUAAGCCUCCCUCUUCAUAGUCGUGAUAAAAACGUGUUUAUGCUAACUGCAGUCGUGUUGGUUGUUGACCGUUAUGGUAGAGAACAUUAUUGUAGAGCGCUCCUAGAUUCCGCUUCUCAGCCCAACAUAAUCACUGAACGAAUGGCCCAAAUACUCCGUCUGCACCGCAAAAAGGUAAAUGUCAUGAUACAUGGUGUAGGGGAGAAUCCGCAGUGUGCCAGUGAUACGGUAUUUACCCAAAUUAGAUCACGUCGAGAAAAUUUUGAAAUGGAUGUGGAGUUUUUGGUGUUGGAGAAGAUCACGUCUAAGCUGCCUGCUCGUGAUAUCCAGAUAACUGAUUGGAAUUUACCAAAGGAUAUUUUUAUGGCUGAUCCGUAUUUCCAUAAAAGUGCUGGCAUCGAUAUGAUUGUCGGAAAUGAGCAUUUUUUCUCAUGCUUCAAAACUGGUGCGAAAAUAUUCUUGUCUGAUUCACUACCACUAUUGGUGGAUAGCGCAUUCGGGUGGCUAGUAUCUGGAGCAGCCAAUAUUCAGCAUAGGGUACAACCGUUAGAACAGUUUUCCGUAACGAUGGCAUCUUUAGUCAGCUUGGAGGAAUCACUAGAGCGUUUUUGGUCAAUAGAAGAGCUACCCAGCCGUCAAAUUUAUUCUGAAGAGGAGCUCGCUUGUGAGAAAUACUUUGUGGAAACUACAUCCAGAGCUCCUGAUGGUCGAUAUGUGGUUCGUUUGCCUCGUAGUACGCACUUUGAGGAGAUGGUCGGACAAUCUGAGGACACGGCCUUUCGUCGGUUCAAAGCCCUUGAACAUCGGUUGAAUAGCGACCCAGAGCUGAAAAAAGAAUACCAUCAGUUCAUGAAGGAAUAUAUUGAUCUGGGUCAUAUGCGUGAGAUUACUCGAAAAGAAGCGUCCGAAAUUAAAGGUUAUUUCCUGCCUCAUCAUCACGUUAUUAAGGAGUCCAGUACUACCACAAAGAUUCGGGUUGUGUUCGAUGCUUCAGCGAAAACUUCCUACGGAUACUCUUUGAACGAUGCACUGUUAGUUGGUCCAGUCAUACAAGACGAGCUCAUAGCUUCUAUUUUGCGUUUUCGGACCUACCCGGUAGCAAUUGUAGCUGAUAUUGAAAAAAUGUAUCGGCAAAUUCUUCUACAUCCUCAUGACUCACGUUUUCAGCGAAUAUUUUGGCGUUUUAGUACCCAGCACCCAAUUUCCAUUUUUGAGCUCAACACUGUGACCUAUGGAAUGGGUCCAUCCUCCUUCCUUGCAACACGUUGUCUGUCGCAGCUCAUCGAAGAUGAAGGUCAUAAAUAUCCUCUAGCAGCUCUUGUUGCCAAAAAAGGUUUUUAUAUGGAUGAUUUCAUGGGAGGAGCUCAAACUGUUGAAUCCGCAAUCCAGCUCACGAAACAACUGAACGCUUUGAUGUUAAAAGGUGGCUUUGUUUUGCGUAAAUAUGCAUCGAAUAAACUAGAGGUUCUUCAAAUGCUUAACGAUGAUCAGAUUGGAGUAAGUUCCCGGCUACGGUUCGACAAAAACGAGAGAAUCAAAACUCUAGGCAUUUCUUGGGAACCUCAAACUGAUAUGUUUGCUAGCGAUAUAAAGCUGAGUUGUAAGCAUGAACGCAUCACUAAACGACUCAUACUAUCUGGAGUUGCUCAGCUAUUCGAUCCCUUGGGUCUGAUUGCCCCUAUCGUAAUCCGUGGGAAGAUGCUUCUUCAGAACUUGUGGUUGCAAUCAUGUGGUUGGGAUGAUGAAGUUUCGAAUGAUGUGCAAUUAGUGUGGAGAAAUUUCGUCGAUGAACUAAAACUGCUAUCUGAAUACAAGAUUCCGCGAUACGCGUUUCUUCCAGAUGCGAUUGUGCAACUUCACACUUUUGCAGAUGCCUCUGAGUCAGCUUAUGGAGCAUGCAUUUAUGCUCGAUCGAUGAAUGCAAAGGGAGAAAUUUCCGUCCAUCUCUUAGCUGCGAAGUCACGUGUGGCUCCGCUUAAAACAGUUACAUUGCCAAGGCUAGAACUUUGUUCGGCCCAACUCGGUGCUAAAUUGCACGCAAAAGUAGCUGAAUCACUCCAAACAACAAUAAGCUCCUCGUUCUUUUGGUCUGACUCAACAGUCACCUUGCAGUGGAUCAGUUCACCGCCAAGCUCGUUAAAAACAUUUGUGGGCAAUAGAGUUUCAGCAAUACAAAAUAUGACGAAACCCUCUCAGUGGCAUCACGUAGCAGGAUCUCAAAACCCAGCUGAUUAUGUGUCUCGAGGGAUGGAUGUUCCAAGAUUCCUGUCCAGCACUGUAUGGAGACAAGGUCCUGAAUGGUUAUCUAAGCCGGAGGAGUUUUGGCCGCAUGAAAGGAUUCCCGAUUACCUUGAAAGUGGAGAAGAACGUCGAAAAUUAUUAGUAGCUGUUGCUUCAACUGAACUUAAACAUUCUCAAUUUUUUUCAUUGUACUAUUCAUACACUCACCUCAAACGCAUCACAGCUUUGUGUUUGCGAUUCAUUCGUAACUGUCGAUCUAAAGCAAGAACACAACCAUCGGGUGAUGCAUCGGAUGUGCACUUGAGUCCCACUGUUGAGGAACUUGAUAUCGCUGAAAUGGUACUAGUUAAAUUGGCACAGUCUGAAGGUUUUGAAAAUGAAAUUACCCUGUUAAAAAAAGGCUCUUAUGUCCCAAAGCAGUCACCAAUUCGUCUUUUGAAUCCACUUGUCGACGAAAAAGGCAUUCUAAGAGUGGGAGGGAGGUUGAAAUUGGCAGAUCAACCCUAUGUUACCAGGCAUCCUAUCCUACUUCCAAAUUUCCAUCCCCUUGCCCGUAUGCUUGCCAUUCAUUACCAUCUCAAAUUCAUUCAUGGUGGUGGCCGGCUCACUUUGUCCAACAUGAGAGAACUAUUCUGGCCUAUAAAUGGACGACGCCUAGUACGGAGUGUCAUACGAGGAUGUUGGAGAUGCACCCGAGCAAGUCCCGUUCCAGCAUGUCAGCAAGUCGGUCAGCUUCCGGAGCCACGUGUAAGACCUGCCCGCCCAUUUACGGUUACCGGGGUGGAUUAUGCUGGACCUCUGUACCUGAGACCAGUUCACAAGCGAGCCGGGCCAUCGAAGGCCUACAUCAGCGUGUUCGUCUGUUUUGCCACCAAGGCCGUGCAUUUGGAGUUGGUCAGUGACCUGUCGACUCAAAGGUUCCUGUGUGCAUUUCGACGUUUCAUUUCGCGACGUGGGCGCCCAACUGAUAUGUAUUCGGAUAACGGCAAGAAUUUUGAAGGCGCAAAUAACGAGCUUAUCCAAAUGCUUUCUUGGUAUCAGGACGAAACGCAGGGUUGUAUCGUUCAAUCAGCAGCAGCAGACGAGGGUAUUUCCUGGCAUUGGAGUCCACCUAGAGCUCCUCAUUUUGGGGGGUUGUGGGAAGCUGCGGUGAAAGUAGCAAAGAGACAUCUCUAUAGGCAAUUAGGAAACAUCCGGUUAUCUUUCGAGGACAUGGUGACGGUGUUAACUGAGAUCGAAGCAGCCAUGAAUUCACGUCCUCUGGUACCAAUGUCAGAAGACCCAAAUGACUUGUCUUGUUUGACACCAGCGCAUUUUCUGAUCGGUUCUACAAUGCAUGCACUCCAAGAACCGGAUCUGACGUCUUUCCCUGAUAACAAUUUGGACCACUAUCAAUCUCUGCAAAAGGCUGUGCAGCAAUUUUGGCAUCACUGGCGGCUGGAGUACCUGCAAGAAUUGCAACGUUCUACAAAAUAUAAUGCACCGAACAAGGAAAUUGUACCUGGACGUCUUGUGGUAAUUGUUGACGAAUUUCAGCAUCCAACCAAAUGGCAGUUAGGGAGAAUCACCAGCAUCCACCCGGGUCCGGACCAGUUGACUCGGGUUGUGUCUCUAAAAACCGCUCGUGGAUUCACAAAACGUGCUAUCAACCAGAUUUGUUUACUUCCCUGUGAUCCGAUGGAAUAUCCAGAUUCUACAACGACGUCAGCGAAGAACACUACUCAAGAAGGAGAACGCAACAAUAUGUGA